GCACAUAUACCACCUUAUCUCCCAAAACAUUAUUUUUGUUAUCCACUCUAAGGUGUAAGCCACAACCACAACCAUAAUAAUGUACACUACAAAACUCCAUCUCAUUCCUCUCAUCCUCGUCCUCCUUCCUUACCUAGCCCAAGCUCGCUCUUAUGGUGGCCGUAACGGCGGCAUCGCCAUAUACUGGGGCCAGAAUGGUAAUGAAGGACGUCUAAAUGAAACUUGUGCCACUGGAAGGUACAAAUAUGUUAACUUAGCCUUUCUUAACAUUUUUGGAGGGGGACAAGUUCCCUCCUUAAACCUAGCUGGUCAUUGUGACCCAAGUUCUGGUGGGUGUGUUGGCCUAUCUAGUGAAAUCAAGUUUUGUCAAUCACAAGGUAUUAAGCUUCUUCUCUCCCUAGGAGGUGGUAUAGGGAACUACUCAUUCUCAUCUAGGGAGGAUGCCAAAAACUUUGCCCAAUAUUUAUGGGACAACUUUUUAGGUGGUCAUUCAAACUCUAGACCUCUAGGAAAUGCAGCGUUAGAUGGUAUUGAUUUUGAUAUUGAGUCGGGUUCAACCUUACAUUGGGAUGAUUUAGCACGAUUUUUACAUAUGUAUAAUCGUAGGAACGGAGGGAGGAAGGUGUAUUUAGGUGCGGCCCCUCAAUGUCCGUUUCCUGAUAGAUAUUUAGGCACGCCUUUAGAAACAGGACUAUUUGACUAUGUAUGGGUCCAAUUUUAUAACAACCCACCAUGUCAUUAUAAUGGUAACAUUACUAACCUUAUUGACUCAUGGAACUUGUGGAGCUCACGAAAGUACAUAAAGAAGUUGUUCAUGGGGUUGCCGGCUGCCACUCAAGCCGCCGGACGUGGUUUUCUACCACCAAAUGUGUUGACCUCUCAAGUUCUCCCUAUAAUUAAAAGAUCACCUAAAUAUGGAGGAGUUAUGUUUUGGUCCAAGUAUUGGGACGAUCAAAGUGGAUACACUAGACAAAUUGUCAACUUUGUUUGAAAUGUGAAGUUGUAUUUCAUAAUAGUAAUAUACUUAUAAUAUUGUUUUUA